GAUAAACCACCCGCUAUGGAUACCCUGCUGCACAGCCCGUCAUCCAUGGCGAAGCGACCCUGCCCCUCCCAAAACCCUAGAACCCCAAACCUCAACCAGCUCGAUCGUGACCACCUCCUCGACACAUUUCUCGAGUUCUCCGACUCCCCGCCCUUCGCCAUCGACCUCUCCUUCGAGCGCCUACUCGAGUCACGGGCCUCCGACGCCGAUCAGACCAAGCUCAUCGAUCGCGCCCUCCAAUUGGGCUCCGUCCUCCUCGAGGCAGCCAAGCGCUCCGCCAGGAAGCGCGCCUCCAAGCACAACUCGCUCGCCUGGAUUCUUCCUCCCGACCUUACUAUCAAGGUCUUUUCCAUGCUUGAUACACAAAGCCUAUGCUAUGCUGCUGCUACUUGUUCAAUGUUUAAUAAGUGUGCCAUGGAUUCCUCUUGCUACGCCAAUAUUGACUUGACAACAGUUGUCCCAAAAGUUAACAAUGCGGUAGUUUCCACAAUGAUUCACCGAGCAGGGAAAUCUCUCCGGUCUCUUAAGCUUGGGGUAGUUCCAGGCCCAACUACGCCAAUUGGAUCUUGUCAACCGUUAGUUUAUACCAUCAGGAAUUCUGUAGAUGUAUCCAACUUUUCAUGGAAUGAUAAGAGAUCACGACAAGGGAAGGAGUCAUCGAUUCUUAGUAGGUCCUGUUUAAGCCCUUUAGGCGCGAACAAUGGUGCUCCAGGGAUUCUUCUAAGAAGGUUGCACCUUUACAAUAUUGAAAGAAUGGAUAAUACGUCACUCUCUGGGGCCCUAGGUGCUUGCCCAUUUCUUGUUGAUUUGGAGAUUGUUGGCCUUCACGUUGAAUUGAGGCAAACACUGCUGUCAGUGAGUGCAAACUGUCAAUCAAUAGAACGUCUGUUCUUUGAAUCUUCAAAAUCAGGUAGAGAUGACAGUUUGAAAUCACCAACUUGUGUUGAUCUGGUGAACAAUUGCCCUCAUCUAACAUCAUUGGCCCUCAGAGGGUUUAAGUUACAUGAUUAUAAAGUUCGUAUACUUCUUAAGGGAUUUAAGAAAUUAAAGUACGUUGAUUUCUCGACUUCCUACUCGAUCACUGGAUCAUUUUUAAGGAACCUUGGAAGCAGCACAGGUGGGAAUCUGCUGGAAGUCUUGAUUCUACGGGAUUGCAUGCAUCUCAAAAUGGUGGAGGCGACUCGGUUGUUGACAGCUGUUCUUGCUGGGGAUUUCAAGUUCCUUAGACAUCUUGAUAUAUCUAACAGAGAAGGUUUGGCAUCUGAGGAUGACUGGAUUCAGAGAUGCCACACCUUAAGCACCAUUCCCUUGAAGCAGGUGUUAGAAGAAAGGCCUAAUCUCUGUCUGCUGGCUGAGCUUCCACCAGAAGGAAGUUACCCCGACAUGGACCCAAUGUUUGACAGUGAGCCAUAUAGUGAUAUCAGUCUGCCAUUGGCAUCGCAGAUGAGCAGUCCUUCAUCUGAUGGUUCAAUGUUUGUGAGUUUUUCUGAGAGCAGUUACAAUAGCGAUCAUGGUAGUGGCAAUGAGGAUGCUCGAGAUGUUGGUUAUGUAAUUUACGAUGAAAGCUCAGACGAGGUGGACUAUGUGGCCGUGUAGGACAAAACCAAGCAUGGCAAUGAUAGAAUCUGUGGCCACCAAAUCCAUUCAUAGUGCCCUUUUGUGCCUAUGAAGUGUAAUUUUUGAAGCCCUAUAUGAGAUGCAGUUUUACCAUGAUCGAAAAAUACGACUUGUGGACGGUAGGUGUGCCGCCAUGAUCGUCCCUGUCCAUCUAACAACCUUAUGUGGCCGAACCGAGAUUCAGUUUCGUAUGCGAAGGUCCCUGGUUGGCUCUUUCUUUUCUCGGCCGCGUAUUUUCCAGUAGACGAGUAAAAAGGCCCUUGAAGUAUGCUGUUUUGUCAUUUCUUUGUUCUCUGUAUAUGUAAGCCUACGGACUUGAUCAUGAGUUCGUUUUGUACUUGAUUGUUAAAAGAUCUCUCCGCUAUUCAUCAAAAGAAAACAAAUCCCUCAAACUAA